UUCAUGACGGAAAAGUAGUUGCUGCUCAUGACAGGUGUAGGCUGGCAGUUAGUUUUGAACGUAGAUCAUAAAGAAAUGUAUGGAGGCAGCAGGGAGUAACAUUGUGUUAAUGUUUAUUGUUAACACAGGUAAAAGCUUGAAGCUAAGUGCCCAAAACGGGUGAGGAAGCAGCUUUUUGCGUUGGCAGCGUCGGUGUUACUGACCGGAGUCACAGACAGACGCGGUGCAAUGCUAGCUUGACGGCUAACUAGGUUUGUCCAACUGUGUCGCAGCCGACCGGUAACGCGUUCAACUUACCGGCUACUUUGUUUGAGUAAGCAGCACGCUGCUUCCCUUUAUUUAAUGUAUUUGUGUUUAAUUCCGUGUAAAUGUUUGGCCAGUCACAGCAGAAUCGGCGUGAUUUGAGGCGUCGCCUAGCGGACACCGUCAGAGUCCGAACAGCCUAUCGCGAGAAAGAUCAGCCAAGCACUUGAUAUGCCAUAUCUAGUCUAACUUGUAGCUAACGAGGCUAUUUGGGAAAUCAGAAUGAAUCCCCCAGGCUGUUAGUUAUCCGAGGUUAAAUGACCAUGUAAGCUGUACUGUCUCGACAAUCUGGUGACACGGGUAUGAUGAUCGCCGUUAGAUCGUGCAUGAGCAGGUUUCACUUCCAAGAAGAAGACGGACACUCUGGGACACAUUAGAUUCUUACAUCGCCUCUUACAGCGGAAGAGUCUGCAUCCCCGUUUUGCUAUCUGGACGGUUUGCGGUUUGGCGCGCCCUUAUGUCUUCGCCUACGCCCGUCUCAACAUCCUGAAGCCGUGAGACAGAGACGGACGGACGGAGGGAGGGAGGGAGGAAGGAAGGCAGCUCCGGGGUCCGUGACACUUAGCCGAGGACAGGCAUCGCUGAAAUGAGAUGAGGCUCAGAAAUGGAACUGUGGCCACUGCGAUUGUUUUCUUCACCUCCUUCCUCAGCCUCUCCUGGUACACAGCAUGGCAGAACGGCAAAGAAAAGUUGGUAGCAUACCAGCGGGAGUUCCACGCUUUGAAAGAGCGCCUCCGUGUGGCAGAACACAGAACCCUGCAGCGUUCAUCCGAGCUCAACAACAUUCUGGAGCAGUUCAGGAGAGCCAUUGCUGAAACCAACAGCAGCAAAGAUGCCCUCAUAAACUUCUCAGAUGAAACACAGAAACUACUGAAGGAGCUUGCGUAUAAGAAGCCUCUCCAGGUGCCGAACAUCUACCACCACCUGCCUCACCUUCUCAACAAUGAGGGCAGCCUACACCCGGCGGUGCAGGUUGGUCUGGGACGCACAGGAGUGACGAUGGUGAUGGGGAUUCCCACGGUAAAGCGGAAGGUGAAGUCGUAUCUGUCGGAGACGCUGCGCUCCCUCAUCGAUAAGCUGACCCCUGAGGAAAAACUUGAUUGUGUCAUCAUUGUGUUUGUUGGGGAGACGGACCUGGAUUAUGUUCACAGUGUGGUUGCUGGUCUGGAGAAAGAGUUUUCUACAGAGCUGAACUCAGGUUUGCUGGAGGUCAUCUCUCCUCCUGCAUCUUACUAUCCCGAUCUCACCAACCUCAAGGAGACUUUUGGGGACUCCAAAGAAAGAGUCAGAUGGCGAACAAAGCAGAACCUGGAUUAUUCCUUCCUCAUGAUGUAUGCAGUGAGCAAAGGGGUUUAUUACGUCCAGCUGGAGGACGACAUUGUGGCCAAGCCCAACUACUUUGCUACCAUGAAGAACUUUGCCCUGCAGCUUUCCUCAGAAGACUGGAUGAUUCUAGAGUUCUCUCAGCUGGGCUUCAUUGGAAAAAUGUUCCAGGCCCCAGAUUUAAACCUCAUAGUGGAGUUUAUUUUUAUGUUUUAUAAAGAAAAGCCCAUUGACUGGCUGCUGGACCACAUUCUCUGGGUAAAAGUCUGCAAUCCUGAGAAAGAUGCAAAACAUUGUGAGCGGCAGAAGUCCAGCCUUCGCGUGCGCUUUAGACCCUCGCUGUUUCAGCACGUGGGACUCCAUUCUUCUCUGGCUGGGAAGAUUCAGAAACUCACAGAUAAAGACUUCCUGAAACCGCUGCUUCACAAGAUGCACGUUAACCCCCCAGCUGAGGUCUCCACUUCAAUGAAGGUGUAUCAGGGUCACACGCUGGAGAAGACCUACCUGGGAGAAGAUUUCUUCUGGGCCAUUACUCCCACUAAAGGAGAUUACGUACUUUUCAAAUUUGACCGGCCUGUCAACAUAGAGCGGUUCCUGUUUCGCAGCGGUAACCAGGAGCACCCCGGGGAUAAAAUCGAGAACACCACUGUGGAAAUACUGCCUGUCUCGGAAAAUAAACUGCUGACCAAAGACAAGUUCAAGCGAACUGAAGACCGCUUCUACAGGAUCGGUCACUUUGAGAAAGGAGUGGCAGAGGGAGUUGUAGACCCUUCCUUCAAUCCCGUUAUUGCACUUCGCCUCUCAGUUCAGAAAGACUCUGCUGUUUGGGCGAUCCUCAGUGAGAUACACAUUAAAAGGAUAGCUGGUUGAUGUCUCUGGAGCAGGUUUAUGAAUCAUGGUCCCUGUAGAAGCAGAAUCACCAGACUGCUUGUGCAGGACCUCUGGCACCUAGCAACCAGCAGUGAAGUCAAUGGAGCCGUUUCUCAGAGAAAGCGCCACCUCUCUGUCUUGUUAUUCCAUUUCUGCCUUCCUGUCUUUAUCCGUCUUUAUGCUCUUCAUCUAUUUGUCAGAAUGUGAAUACUACUGUUUGCUGAACACUGAAGGCAGCUGUUCUCAGCUGCGACUCUCAAAGUGACGUUGUUAUUCAGCAGCUUUGAAAAACAAUCACAAAAGUCAUGGACCAGGAACUUGACUCUUCAUGUCUCGACGUCCGGUCAGCUGGCCAAUGAUGUAGAUGCUGCCAAAUCCCUCUUUGUUUUUCAGUGCUGCCACACAUGGGCAAGCUGAGGUAUUGCACUGUCCCCAACGCCUCAGCAGAACCUGGGAUCUUCAAGAAUGUCGUUGUCUCCAACGCUCAGCUGUUCUCUGUUCCCGUAGAUGCUGGAGCUUUAAAUCAACUCCAGCCAAAAUGGGAAUGUGUCACACACUCUCAUCAGAUGCUGUUCUUGUCCUGAAACAAAAACUCACUAUAAGCUCGUCGUUUCAGAAUCCUGCCUGCAGCCAGUCUGGGACAUUUGGACCACAGUGCAGUAACGAUAUCACAUCUGACUGGCCUACUUUCUGACAGGCUGUUUAUCACCUCAGUGUCCGUUUCUAGGAAAACACCAGACAUGGCUUUGGUAACAUUUUCCUGAAGGAUUAUAUUGUUUUUAUUGAAAUAACAUUACAGUUACUGGCAAUCUAUGAAGGUGACUUAAUUUAUUUGAAAUAAAUCUUGAAUUUGUACAAAAAGUAAAAUAUAUUUUUAUUCUACCAAAAGAUGUUCAUGGUAGAUUAAAAGACUGUGUUAUUGUGUGCUUUUUUUAAUCUAAAUUGCAGUUGUAUAUUUUAUUUUCACUGUAACAGCUACUAAGAUGGUUUAUUUUCUGUUUAAGCAAAUGAUAGGACAGUUGUGAAUAUCUUCUGUCAACGUUGUUGGUAUAAAUUUAAAAUAUGUGCCUUAUAGCUUGAUCCUUUGAAAUCGCCCUCAUCAUCAUCAGUACAAUCAGUUUCCCUGAACUUUUUGCCUACAAAAUUGAUUGCUGGAUGUACAAAUAUUUUGAAAAUCACUGACAGUGUAUGAUUGGAUGUGGAGGACAACAAUUGUAAUACUGAAUGAAUUUAGUAAACAAAAGGAGUUAAACCAGUUUACUGACUAAAACAGCAAUAUUUGCACAGCUUCUUCACCCUUCAUUCAGUAAUUUUUGUACCUCAUAGUUCAUAUUUUUGAGUUCCGUUUCUCAGAUUCACGAUGGAACCUGAUUUGUCUGUUAUUUGUAACUACUACUGAUUUUAGAACCUGCCACUGGCUGUGUGCGUUUUUGUGUUGCUUCAGAAUAGUUUACAGAAGCAUAUUUUUGGGGAUAUUGUGCAUUUCUUCUUUGUUUUGAAUGGAGAAAUUAUUGUUAGUAAGCAUCAAUGAUUUUACUUGUGAGUACUUUUAAGGGUAACUAAAAUGUUUAAAGUCUUUCUGAGCAGGCUUGAUGAAAAGAGAUUAGUUUGUAAACCUUUUAUUUUGAAAGAUGGCUUCGGUGUUGCAAACAAGACAGGCCACUCUCCCUUUCUUGAUUUCACAAACGAACAGAAGUGAAAGCAUGCAGAGGAUGACAUGUCAUGGAUUUUGAUGAGACGAUAGAUAAAAUGACGUUCUGCCAACAGCCCCUCAGCUCCCAUCAGUUCACGUGCCUUCCCCGUGUACAUGCAUCUGCCUGAUCAUUUUUCAUUGAAAUGCUCAAAAUAAAUGAGAACGGUUGUUACAGAAAUCAAAGUCA